AUGGAAACGACACCCAGCGGAGCAUCGGACGCAUCUUCAGCUGUCGCCCUCGCAGAGGCACUGUCCGUGGAUUGCCAAGGCCAUCACCGUCCCCAACUAGCAGAAGUACUCUGCCCUGUGCGUAUCUCCGACAUGGCGAUCACAAGCCUAAAGCCAUCAGUUGGUCACGACGACCUGGACGUGCUGGAAGCCAAGCUACACCCAGAUGCUCCAGCUCCUGUACGCUAG